AUGGAAAUCCAGUACAUAUGCGGAAGCCAUUAGCACUGUAAUUGCUGUCUGUCACUAUGACAACCAGCCGCUGCAGUCACCUGCCUGAGGUCUUACCAGACUGCACAAGCUCGGCCCCUUCUGGAAAGACAGUGGAAGACUGUAGCAGUCUUGUGAAUGGGCAGCCACAGUAUGUCAUGCAAGUUUCAGCAAAGGACGGUCAGCUGCUUUCAACUGUAGUGCGGACCCUCACAACCCAGAGCUUCAAUGACCGCCCAAUGUGCAGGAUUUGCCAUGAAGGAAGUACCCAAGAGGAUCUCCUUUCUCCAUGUGAAUGCACUGGAACGUUAGGAACAAUACACCGAAGCUGCCUGGAGCACUGGCUUUCCUCCUCUAACACCAGCUACUGUGAACUCUGUCACUUCAGGUUUUCUGUGGAGCGCAAACCUCGGCCCUUAGUAGAGUGGCUCCGGAACCCAGGCCCCCAGCAUGAGAAAAGGACUCUGUUUGGAGACAUGGUGUGCUUCCUCUUCAUUACCCCAUUAGCCACAAUCUCUGGCUGGUUGUGCCUCCGGGGGGCAGUGGAUCACCUGCACUUCAGCAGCCGACUAGAAGCAGUUGGACUUAUUGCAUUAACAGUUGCACUCUUUACUAUUUACCUCUUUUGGACACUCGUGUCUUUCAGAUACCACUGUAGAUUAUACAAUGAAUGGCGUCGGACCAAUCAAAGGGUUAUUCUGGUGAUCCCUAAAUCAGCCAAUUUACCUUCCGCUCAGCAGUCUCUGUUGGGCCUGCACUCAUUCAAAAGGAACUCGAAAGAAACCAUAGUGUGACUGAUACAGAACCGGGACUCCCCCUCCUGUUCCUAUACCUUGCAUUGCAGCACUCGGACUUCACUCACAGACUGUUACCCCUAUCUUGGACACGUAACCUCCAUUUCCCGGAAAGACAACUUUAAGUGAAAAGAUGGAUGCUCCGGUUAUGUAUUUGCUAACAUGCCAAACAUUUUUAUUUAGCCUCUGGCGCCUCACAUACACUUCUGUAGUAAAACUGCCAACAAGUAGCCUUUGACCUUCUGAUAUAAUAAUGCUAUUUUUUUUAUAAUGUGUUUUCUAUAUUUUAUUUUGGGGGACCCUUCCAUUCAGAGUGAAACACUGCAGGUCCCCUGUUCAACUGAAGGCAUUCUCAGAAUCUAGCACAAUAUUUACCAUUGACUAGCCUCCUGACUGUGGCACUGUACACUGCACAUCAGUCAGGUUUUAUUUAUAUGGAAUAUUUUCUAUAUCUUAUCUUUAUUGUUUCUGAUACCAUAUUAAUUCAGCCACAUCUGAUUCUUUUGUUUUGGUUUCACUUUUUUUUUUAAUCUACAGCUUUAAACAUUCUACUUUUUGCAGCAAAUAUUAUUCUGCUCCCCCCCCAUCCCAUUCGCUGCUGAAUGGCCGGAGAUCACCGAGUUGGACUUCAUCAGCAGUAACAGGGAACAGAAAUUCACAUAGGAAAUGCAAUUACUGGGCUCUUUUUAACAACUGGUUUGCACAUACAGGGGACAUUAUGAAUUAUAAAGAGAAAACUGUACAUUAUUUAAAUAAUAAAUAUUCCAUAAAAGCUUUCUACUAAA